ACAGCAUUCUUUAAUCUUCUGGCUGUUAUAUCUGAGUAGAACCUGGCAAUUUUUCUGGUACUUAGGUAAUAAAUUAUAUUGCUCCCUUGCAUGUGGAAGAUGCUAGCAGAAAGAAUUGCAUUCACUGCAGAAUUUUAGUAGCAUCAAUGGUCUAUACAGUGAUUUUUAGUAGAAUGCUGCUACUUUUAUUUUUUUCAUUCUCUAACAUGACAGUUUUUUAUAAUUGUCUCAUAGGGGCAGGGGAAAGUUUGAGUCUUGCCAUGCAUGGGAUUUAUAAUACUUUCCUCAUGAACUAAUGUACAUAGUAAAAAGCUGACUUACUUCUAGUGUAAUCAGAUGAACAUUUUUUAGACUCUGUGAUGCCAUGUUCGUCAUUCACUUUAAUUGAAAAAUAGAUGGGAAGGUGGGUCAGAAGCAGCAUCCAGGAUUAGAGUGUGGUGAUAUUUUGAGCAUACCACCAUUUUCAUUUUUCACUGAGGGAGGAAAGUACCUUUACUACCUUCAAUAGGACAGUAUUACUUUUGUAAGAUUUUGUUCCUGAUUUAAAUGUGUUUAAUCAAAAGUUUCUUGUUACUUGAUUUGUUGUAUCACAGAAUGAGUGCUUGUUGUGCUUUUCAUAUUUCCUAGUUUCACAGUGUUUCCCUCCCUUUGCUGCCAUACCAAUGCUCCAUUUCAUCUUCUCCCAUAGCACUCGAAGCCUUCCCUCUCUGGCUUGGUGCAUUCCAGGUGUUGCCAUUCUCCUGCACCUCCCCAGCACGAAGGCUGCAGCCCUGACACUGCAGCUAUGGCUGAGGAUUUGCUGUCAGUCUUCUGUGUCUGUCUUGGCCUCCUCCCCCACAGUUAAGGAAGCUUUACCACACAGAGGGGACAGCUUUCAGUAGGCACAUUAUGAAGUAAACAAUAAAGCUUUUUGGGUUUGAGUCACUAUUAGUUUUCGUAUGUGAAUUAGGGUUUUGCCUUCUCGAGUAAGAGCAGUGCUGCUAAGAGGAUGAUUUAGACCCUCAGAGGAAAGUCUUUAAGCUGGCAUCUGCUAGAGAGACUCCUUUUCUUCCUCAAUCCCACCAUCCUUCACGACUGCUGUAGGUCCCUUUGUGCCAAAUCUGGAGCUCAUCUGUGCCCAUAAUCAGCUAUCCAGAAGCUGAAGCAGCAGAAACACUUCCCCCUCACAGUGUGUUGCCUGCUCUGGUGGUGGCAGGUGAGAAUGGAUAGAAAGCAGAGCACACCAGGUGUAGGAUAGAGCUGCGUGUGGCACCCAUUAUGGGGGUGUGCCUCUGUUAUAAACUUGUACCCUGCCCUCCCAUCCAUCACUGAAUGAGUAUCCUGUAGGAUGAGUAGUCUGGAUCUUCAGACAAUGUAAGUUGGUUCACUUUGAAGAAUUAAAAAAGGAUUGUUUCCUUUUGUAUGCUUUGACCAUUCAAUCAGCAUACUGUCCUAUCAGGGCUUAUGCAACAUGAGCUGUAAAGCAGCACUUGGGGGCUAAUUUUGUAUCUUUAGCCUAACAUGUAAUUACUGAUUCUGACUACAAGCAGGUUAUUUUCAAGAGUGUGAACUAGAUUCUUCAGGCAGUGUUUGGAUACUUUGAAUACAAUAUGAAAACUACUCAAGCACAUGGUAACUCUCGGGGAUGGUCUUGUGCAGAGCCAGAAGUUGUAACCCAAGGAUCCUUGGUAGGCCCCUUCCAACUCAGCACAUUCUAUGACUCUGUGAUAUUUCUUGUGGGAUAGAAGGGGAAUAAGAGAUAAAUGAGAGCACUCCAUGGAGAGACUGGUUUGACAAUCACAAUUUAUCCUUUUCCAGACAAACUAAAAAUUUCAUUUAAAUGCUGCACCAAACACAACCACCUGCAGCUUUCCUGAAUGACUUAACAAUGUUGUUGUCAAAAUGGUCCUGUAUCUAGACUGAAGGUGUUUAAAAUCAUCAUCAUGGUGGUAACUCCUCUAGUGUAUAAGGCAAAUUUCCUCUUGUAAGGAGUGUUUAAAUGAGAAACACAACUGCAAGUCAUAAUUAAAGAUGAGGCACCUUUUCUAGAGAGAUGGUACCUUUCAUUUACAAGCUGGUGUAAUGACUAAAGACUGAUAAGCUUUCAGGCCUAUGCAGCUACAGACUGCUGAAUUUGUGAACAUGAAUGAGAAUCCAAAUACAAGAGAGGUGAGGAAUACUAAAAGUUUUACUCAUAUGUUAAAAAGAAAUGGGAGCAAGUAAAGAAAAAAAAAAUCUAGAAUGAAACUGCAAUGGCAGUUUCUUUUUUUGUGUCUGUUUUCUCCUAUUCUUAAAUUGGGCAUGAUGUUUUGAAAGAUGCAAGGACAGAACACAAAUGUAAUAGGGAACUAUCCCCACUACAAUAUAUAGCAUUAUAAAGCAAAGUUCAGAUGCCAACAAAUGGGGAACAUUAAUUUAGCAUUUAUAUUAAGACCAUAAAUACAUCAAUGUAUCCAUUUCACUAUGGAGAACUUGGGAAAAACCUUAGUGCGUUGUAACCAAUUUUUCAGUUUCACUACGGAGAAGUUUGAAAAUACUUUAGUGCCCUGUAACAAGUGAAGCAGAGAAAGUCUGAACUUUUGAUAAAACUAAUGAAAGGUAAGACUGUAACAACAAAGAAAGCCUGGGAGCACGAGGCUGCUGUCAGCUCCUCAAGAGAACAGGCUUCCAAGAUUUGGGAAGAUGGCAACUCCAAAAAGGAAAUACAGAGCAUCAAAAGAGGGAUCGUCUCGGAAGGGAAAAAAAAAAAAUCUUUUCACAAUUUUCUCACUAUAAUUAUGAUCAGAUUACAUGACGCAUAAAUUAUAACAAUAUUUCAUUAUACAGGUCAUUUACUGGAACAGCAACAUUACCGAACAGACAAAAAAACACACAGCAAGGGAUAAAUCAGCCGAGAACUUUGGUUUAAAACAUACCAGUAACAACUGAGCGGCAGCAGGGAUGUGAAAACUGCCACGAUUUCGUGAGGUUUUAACGGGGUGAAAGAGAGAGAAAUUACACGGAGGGGAAGACAUUUCUGCCGGCUGUUCCCGGAGCCCGCCGUGGGGAGGCGGGGGUCCCACGCCUCCGGCUCAGCGCUCGGAGCGGGCAGAGGCAGCUCUGUCAGGGGAGCCGAGAAAGCCAAACCUCCGCCGGACCGAUUACGCAGCAAAAAAAUCACCAAGGCACUCUCCCCGGAAACGCUCCGAGCCCGUUGGGAACACCGCGCCAGCGAAAGCACCCGGAGUGACCACUUUUAUCCAACACCCCGCUCCCACUUUCCCAUGUUUCACAGAUAUCUUCCUGUCUCGCGGUCCACGGCCUCGAGGCCGGGCGGCCCAGCCUCGGCCCCAAGGCGCGGGGACCCCGCACAGGCCCCUCCGGGCGCGGAGGACGCGGCGGCCGCGUCGCCCGGGCGGUGCCUGGCCCGCUCCGCCUCCCCGCGCCGCGGCAGGAAGCCGGAAGCGGCCGGGGCGCUGGGCAGGCCGGCGGGAGGCGGCUGGUGAAAAAGAAAACUCUCUGAUCAAAGAGCAAAGAUGCAGAGCACUUCAAAUUACCUCUGGCUGUUGUCUGACAUUCUGGGGCAGGGAGCGACUGCAAAUGUUUUCCGGGGGCGACAGAAGAAAACUGGGGAUUUAUAUGCUGUCAAAGUAUUUAACAGUAUAAGUUUCCUUCGUCCUGUGGAUGUUCAGAUGCGAGAAUUUGAAGUAUUGAAGAAACUAAAUCAUAAGAACAUUGUCAAAUUGUUUGCCAUUGAGGAAGAGACAACUACUAGACACAAAGUACUAGUUAUGGAAUUUUGUCCCUGUGGGAGUUUGUACACAGUUUUAGAGGAGCCGUCUAAUGCCUUUGGUUUGCCAGAGUCUGAGUUCUUAAUUGUUUUGAGAGAUGUGGUGGCUGGGAUGAAUCAUCUCCGUGAGAAUGGAAUAGUGCACCGUGACAUCAAGCCAGGCAAUAUAAUGCGUGUUAUAGGUGAAGAUGGGCAGUCUGUUUACAAGCUUACAGAUUUUGGUGCAGCAAGAGAACUUGAAGAUGAUGAACAAUUUGUUUCUCUCUAUGGCACAGAAGAGUAUUUACAUCCUGAUAUGUAUGAGCGAGCAGUUUUGAGAAAAGAACAUCAGAAGAAGUACGGAGCAACAGUUGAUCUGUGGAGCAUAGGGGUGACCUUUUACCAUGCUGCAACAGGGAGUUUGCCUUUCCGACCUUUUGAAGGACCUCGGAGAAACAAGGAAGUGAUGUAUAAAAUAAUCACUGGAAAGCCUUCUGGUGCUAUUUCUGGAAUACAGAAAGCAGAAAAUGGACCUAUUGAGUGGAGUUGGGAGAUGCCCGUUUCUUGUAGCCUUUCAAAGGGUCUGCAAGUACUGCUCACACCUGUCCUUGCGAAUAUUCUUGAAGCAGACCAGGAAAAAUGCUGGGGAUUUGACCAGUUUUUUGCAGAGACGAGUGACGUACUGCACCGAAUAAUAAUCCACAUCUUUUCAUUUCAGCAGAUGACCUUGCACAAAGUUUAUAUUCACAACUAUAAUACAGCUGCUAUAUUUCAUGAGUUGGUCUACAAACAGACAAAAAUACCAUCUCAGAAUCAAGAACUGAUAUAUGAAGGUCGGCGCUUAGUACUAGAGCCUGGCAGAUUGGCACAGCACUUCCCCAGAACAACAGAGGAGAAUCCUAUCUUUGUAGUAAGCAGGGAGGCUGUGAACAUUGUUGGAUUAAUCUAUGAAGAAGUUUUACUUCCUAAAGUACAUCAACGUUACGAUUUGGAUGGGGAUGCCAGUAUGGCUAAAGCAGUGACAGGUAUUGUGUGUUAUGCCUGUAGAGUUGCCAGUUCUUUGCUACUUUACCAGGAGCUGAUGCGAAAAGGAAUUCGAUGGCUAAUUGAAAUAAUCAAGGAUGAUUACAAUGAAGUGGUUCAUAAAAAGGCACAGAUUGUCAUCAGGCUGGAUUUCUGCAACAGAAACAUUGAGAAGGCUGAGAAAAUAUAUGAAAAUUUGAUGCAGAUCAACUUGGAAGCAUCAGAAGUAGAUGAAAUUUCAGAGAUACACACAAAACUCCUGCGCCUCUCCAGCUCUCAGGGCACCAUAGAAACUAGUCUGCAAGAUAUCAAAGCCAAACUUUCUCCUGGUGGUUUACUGGCUGACACCUGGGCCAAUCAGGAAGGCAUGCAUCCAAAAGACAGAAAUCCAGAAAGGCUGCAGGCCCUGCUGUCUUCCAUCACAGACAUCUACUAUCAGUUCAAAAAAGACAAAGCAGAACGAAGGCUUCCUUAUAAUGAAGAACAAAUACACAAGUUUGACAAGCAGAAGCUGUAUUUGCAUGCUACAAAAGCCAUAGCUCUUUUCAAAGAUGAAUGUGUCAGCAAGUAUGAGACAUUUUUGGACAAAGCUGAGGACUGGACAAGGAAAAUGCUUCACACAAGGAAGCAAUUACUGGCUCUCACCAACCAGUGUUUUGGUAUUGAAGAAGAGGUGUCCAAAUACCAGGAUUAUAUAAAUGAGUUACAAGAUGCCCUCCCACAGAAAAUGUUUGCAGCUUCCAGUGGGAUGAAACAUACGAUGAACACAGUCUAUCCAAGCUCAAACACAUUAGUAGAAAUGACUCUUGGGAUGAAGAAACUAAAGGAGGAAAUGGAAGGUGUUGUUAAAGAGCUGGCUGAAAACAAUCACAUUUUAGAAAGAUUUGGUGCCUUGACUAUGGAUGGUGGCCUGCGGAACGUGGACUGUAUCUAGCUUCCAAAGGACCCGAAGAGGACUUGUAAAUUUUUUCAAAGGGAUAAAAAAUACUGUUGGGACAGUUGAAAGCAGAUAAUAAACCUGUAUCCAGGAUUUUUUUUUUCCUUCAGCAACUGUAAUAUUAAAGAAAAUGUAAAUAUGUAUGAUAUGUAAAUACAAAAGAAAUAUAUAUCUUUUCUUGGUCACUUUUAGGAUAGAAUAACUUCUGGCAGGGAAUUGAGCCCCUUGGAGGAUCUCUGAGGAGUCCUAAAGGGAAAAGUAUUGUUGAUGAAACUGACAUUUGUCUGCUUUGAAUAUUGCCCUUUUUUUUCAGAAUGCAAUUUAGUCUUCAUUGCAAGAGGACUUGCAGUACUCUAAAAGACUGUUGUAUAAAGGGUAUUUUGGAUUUCCUUCAACAACCACUGUUAUGUAGGAGUCUAGCUGGAUGACUUUGAUCAUCACAGAACAUGGUGAAUGUUUUAAAUGAGAUGUUUUUAAAUGAGUGUGAAUAGGGACUAAGAGUGCACAUAGGACAGAACAGAAAUGCAUUUCUCUUUCCUUCACAUUCAAAUUGUUAGUUCUCUUCUACUUGAGAAAGCAAAUUCACAAUAUUUUUUUAAGUUCUCUAAAUAUUUGGUGCCGUGUUGUCUGUAAUCAUUUGACUGCUUAGUAUAUGGAAGUUUUGCACUCCAGCUUGUCAGAAUGAAUGUAAAAAUUCAUUUUUUGGAGUACAGCAUUUUCAGACUUUCCCUGAAAUCUUGUUGCUCACCACAACAGUGGGUACUUAAAACAGCUUCUUCUUAAUCUUACUUGCAGGUAUAAUUUUUUAAAAAGGUUAGAAAUUUGGUAUGAGAAGAGUUUAUGGACAGUCAGUAGACUGGAUAGUAUCAUACCUCAGUAGUAACUGAAUAGUGGAAAAUAAGAUACCAGUCUAGAUUUGAAAAGGGACCACUCACACUGUUGCCUUACAACUUAGGUACCAAACUUUGAUGGAAAAUUUAAUAAGACUGUAUAUUUAUUUUCCAGCAUCAAUGGUUACUACUUUCAGUGCUACAUGAUUGGGAUGCAGAGAUGCAAAGUGAAACAUUCUGCUCCAAAAUACAUGGAGAAAGAGAAUAGGAAAACAAAAAAUUCUGGAAAUAUCCCUUUGUUUGGAUACUACAGAUGUAUGUACUUGUUUCAACUAUUACAGAACUCAUUCCUUCCUUGUGGAAACCUGGCCAUAGAUGUUCAGUGGUGUCCAAUAACAUUUCUCAUUGCUGCAUUACACCUGUAAGAGCUGGACCAACUAUAUUUAGAAUUUUCCAUAAUUACUGGUGGAACAUUUAGGUGUAAACUAAACAACAUCGACCAGUGAUAGCAUCUGGCAGUUUUGUGAUGCUUUUUCCCUGCUUAUCUGUCCAGGUCAGAACACAAAACAUUUUAAUUUCCUUUUUAGAAAGUAUUUGGAGAGAAACUUAGGAAAUUUAUAAAUGAGUGUUUCAUUUUAAAAGAAAAGGAAAUUCUCUUGCCUUGAUGUCCAAGACCUGCAUUCCAGUGUUCUUGGUGAGAAUCAAAAAAGGGAAUUCAAACAUUUUUACACUCAUGUGAGCAGCUUCUGUCUUUGUCACCCAAAAAAUCUAGCUAUGCAAAAGGAGUGCAACAGUUUGUCACACAUCUUUCUUUGGCAUUCUUAACAGUUUUAAAAUACUGGAAUGAUGUCUAACUGGAAUGUUUUAAUGCCUGCUUGUACAUUUUUUCAUUCACAUCCACAGUCUCACUGAGUAUCAGUAAAUGACAUGAAUAAAUGUUAAAAGAAUUGGGCUCUCUAGAUGUGCGUAAACUGUAUUUCAUUUCCAGCAUUAUAACACUUUGUUGUUUCAAAGUUCUUAAUCUUGAAAGAAAUCAAGUGCUAAGUGGAAUAUAUAAUUUUCAACUUCCUUAUACUGAAGCAGUCUGAAAAAGAAAGUUAAUUGUAGUAAAAGUAUAGUCUGUAUGUUGAGAUAUGUGCAGCAUUGUUUUACAUGUUUGAAAAUUUUUUGUUAUAUUUUAUGUUCAUUUUAAACAUUGCUGGCUUUAGUCUUGCUGAAUACAUCAGUAAUCUUAAUCAUGUUAAAAUUUCUUUUUUUAAAGCAAUUUUAACAAAACUGUAGCUAAGGAACUUGAAGUAAUCAGUUCAUAAGCUUCUGAUUACGUUAUUAUGAAGCAAAUAAUUUUUCAAGUCAAAGCAUAGUGUUGGUACCAUCAACUUUUUGCUCAAACUAAGUGUCCUGAUGCUAUGAAUCUUGCUAUCCGUUUGCCAAAAUAAGUAAUAGAAAGUAAUAUAUGGUUCUUCUUCCUGAAGCUGGUUUACUGGUUUGGGGGGUUUAGCUGAAUAUAUUAGUUAUCUGUUACUUGAACAAACCUGUCUUCAUAUGAAUUGUGAAAAUGCAUGAGUGAACAGCUUAAUGACAUAAAUACAUCAUCAACCA